UAUAAAUGUAAACGCUACAUCAAAGCGAUAUCACUCCAGAGAAAAGCCACUUUCAGUUCUCUGAGUGAGUGAAGUGUAAAACCCUCAAUUUUCACUCCCAUCUCUUUCGCCGCCUCAUCUCUCCGGCAUUUCUCAGAAAAGUAGACAUAUCCGUCUCCCAUAAUGUCAGAUCUCGAGGCCCCACUUCGCCCUAAAAGAAAGAAGAUUUGGGUGGAUUAUUUCGUCAACUUCCGCUGGAUUAUUGUUAUCUUUGUCGUCCUUCCUAUCUCCUUCACGUUGUACUUCCUUACCUAUCUUGGGGAUGUCAGAUCAGAGUGGAAAUCCUUUGAGAAGCGUCAGAAGGAACAUGAUGAAAAUGUUAAGAAAGUUGUGAAACGCCUGAAGCAGAGGAACCCGUCAAAGGAUGGUCUUGUUUGCACAGCCCGUAAACCUUAUAUUGCUGUUGGAAUGAGGAAUGUUGACUACAAGCGUGCUCGACAUUUCGAAGUUGAUCUUUCCGCUUUCCGCAACAUUCUUGAAAUUGACCAAGAGAGAAUGAUUGCUAAAUGUGAACCUCUAGUCAAUAUGGGACAGAUCACCAGAGUCACUGUUCCAAUGAAUCUUGCCCUUGCUGUUGUUGCCGAGCUUGAUGAUCUGACUGUUGGUGGUCUCAUUAAUGGCUAUGGUAUUGAGGGGAGCUCUCACAAGUAUGGGCUCUUUGCUGACACUGUUGUGGCCUAUGAAAUUGUGCUAGCUGAUGGGAAGGUUGUCAGAGCCACAAAGGACAAUGAAUAUUCUGACCUUUUCUAUGCUAUCCCUUGGUCUCAAGGAACACUUGGCUUGCUUGUAUCGGCUGAAAUUAAGCUGAUACCCAUUAAGGAGUACAUGAAGCUGACAUACACACCCGUCAGAGGUAAUCUUAAAGAACUGGCACAGGGAUACAUUGAUUCUUUCGCACCCAGGGAUGGAGAUCAGGAUAAUGAUGAGAAGGUGCCAGAUUUCGUAGAGACUAUGAUUUACAAUCCCUCAGAAGCUGUUUGCAUGACAGGUCGAUAUGCUUCGAAGGAAGAGGCAAAGAAAAAGGGUAACAAGAUUAAUGAAGUCGGUUGGUGGUUUAAACCAUGGUUCUACCAGCAUGCGGAGAAGGCAUUGAAGAAAGGCGAGUUUGUUGAGUACAUUCCCACCAGGGAGUACUACCAUAGGCAUACGAGAUGUUUGUAUUGGGAAGGGAAGCUCAUCCUUCCAUUUGCUGAUCAGUGGUGGUUUAGGUAUACCCUUGGCUGGUUGAUGCCACCCAAGGUCUCUCUGCUGAAGGCUACUCAAGGUGAAGCCAUUAGAAACUAUUACCAUGAGAUGCAUGUUAUUCAGGAUAUGCUUGUUCCGCUUUACAAGGUUGGCGAUGCUCUCGAGUUUGUGCACCGUGAAAUGGAGCUUUAUCCACUUUGGCUUUGCCCACACAAACUGUACAAGCUACCGUGCAAGACAAUGAUAUAUCCUGAACCUGGAUUUGAGCUACAUCACAGACAGGGGGACACACACUAUGCUCAGAUGUACACAGAUGUUGGAGUCUACUACGCUCCUGGACCUGUCUUGAGAGGUGAGGAGUUUGAUGGUGCUGAGGCUGUGCGUCGACUAGAGAGCUGGUUAAUUGAAAACCAUGGUUUCCAGCCGCAGUAUGCUGUGUCAGAGCUCAGUGAAAAGAAUUUCUGGAAGAUGUUCGAUGCGGAGCUUUAUGAGCAGUGCAGGAGGAAGUAUGGAGCUGUUGGGACCUUCAUGAGCGUGUACUACAAGUGUAAGAAAGGUAGGAAGACUGAGAAGGAGGUGCAGGAAGCCGAGCAAGCCCAUCUUGAGACGGCUUAUGCUGAAGUGGACAUACCAGUAGAUUGAUUCUGGCGUCAGAGUGCUUGUGUAGGAUUUGCUGACUAGAUCAUUUGAGAUCUGUCUAGCUUUUAUCUUUCCCUGCUAUCUUAUGACUGUAGUUUGCACAAGUUUGUUUGGCUUCUGUUUCUUGUUUAGUCAGACUAGGCUAUGGGAUCAUCCUCUUUUAUGAAUUGUGUUGGUUGAAUGGGAUAAUUAUCUCUCUUUUUCCUUUUC